AUGUCCCUUGUCCCUACAGAGACAUGCCGCAAACCGGAGACAUCUUCCAACCAAAAUCCCAAGACCUCGUAUCAAGAAGGAUCAUGGUCAAAAUGGACAUAUCCUUCAAUGCAGCGGGUUUUUGAAUGGCAAACAAUAAAGGCUCUGCCCGCUUGGACGGAGGCAUUCUCCAUAGUUAGCGAGUUCUUCAGCCACGAGCACCAAGUCUUCCCGUGCUUUCAUCCGCCAUCUUUCAUGACCCUUCUAGGUCAGUAUUAUUCAGGAACUCCGCCCCAAAAUCCAGCUGCAUGGGCUUCUUUGAAUGCUGUACUCGCAAUCGUGCAGCGUCGUCGCGCAGAGAUUGCCUGUGACCCAUCGGAAAGUCACGAAUUGGCAUGGGCCUAUGCGGCAAAUGCACUGAGUGCAGUCUUGGAUAUUCUUAUGAGAAACACCCAGUUGCUCUCGGUUCAGGCACUCUUGGCAGUUGCCUGGUUCUUUGUCGGCACUCCAAAUCCUCAGCCCAGCUUUAUGCUGACAGCCUGCGCUCUACGGCUAGCUCUCUCCAUUGGGCUUCACAGGACUAGCUCCGAUUCAAGUGGUGGGCAUUCCAUCGAAUCCGUCAUGAGGAAGAGAGUGUUUUGGAUCGCCACAAGCUUGGAUCGCGAACUAUGUCUACGAACAGGGAGACCUCCAGCCCAUGACCUGAAUGAUUUUCACAUUGACCCAGACGUACCAGGCAAUUUCCUUGACGAUUAUGAGGCCAUAACAACCAUGGCCGGCUCGAGCCUGAACAUUUUCCAUGCUCAGGCGGAACUUGCGGUCAUCCAAGGCUCCAUAUAUCGACAACUUCAUUCCAGCGAGGCUUUGGCAACAGACACAAAGUACAUUUCAGAGUCUGUGUCCAAGCUCAACACCCUGUUAGACGAGUGGUGUUCCAAGUAUACGACUGGCUUGCAACGGAAUGACGGUCUAAACACCCUCGACCACCCGGGACUAAUGCGCUUGUACUUCUCUUACCUCAACUGCGCCAUAGUAGUCAACAGCGCACAUGGUCGCCAGUAUUGGAUGCCCCAGCCCAACCCAGAGGCCCCCUUCGAUCUGUCCACGAGCAUGAAAUACUCGAUCCGUCGGUCUGUGAAGGCAGCUCGAACCAUUCUGGCACUGGCUCAGAUAAUCCCUCGUACAUGGAAGAAGUUUCUCUGGGAUGUUACUUCAAUAAUCGCAAGCGCCUCCGUCAGUCUCUCCAUUAAUGCGCUUCGAGAGCCGCAAUCAAACACGGCUAAAGAUGACUUGGAUGCUGUUGGCCAGGCGGUGCAGCUUUUCAAGGCUUUGGAAGACGGUUCUAGCGACAGCUACAUCUCUCAACUUCGGAGAAUUUGUGAACAACUACAUCGAAAGGGCGACAUAGCCUCGGGCUCUCAGCUUCAGCGGCCGACGUCUGAGGACCAAACAUCCCUUUCGCCGUCGAGGAUAUGCACCUGUGGGGCCCAGAGCCACGUUCCCGUACCAUGUCAUCAUGGCUCAGUGGGGGUGACAGACAUUGACCAGUUUCCUCUCUCAGCAUCAACAAGCAGUGGCUUUGCGUCCCAUCCGGUACAGCACAUGGGUACUGGAUCUCUUGAUCACGGUCUUACUACUCCUCGAACAUACAACAAUGACUUCGAUGCGAGCCACUGUUUACAUCCUGGGCAGCCGUACCUCACGUCCAUAUCGCAAUGGAGCUCCUGGGGACUGGAUGUCGAACCAUUCACAUGGUUCUCCUGA